AAUCUGCGCAUGCCGUGAGCGAGCCAAGGAGGCGACACUUCGCUUGAGGCGGAGGGCCACCUGCCGCUUUGCGGGCUUGCAGCGCCUCACGGCACGCAAGCUCAAUGCCGCAUAGCGCUCUGCUGUCAUGGCUGCUGCUGCUGCUGCUCUGCGGAGCCCGCGGCUGCGCCUGCCAUGGCGGCGGCGGGCGCCACCUGCGCCUGUCUGUGCAGCCCAACGACACCCAGAUCUCCAAUGAUCCUGGGCUGGACCCUGCGGUCACAGACUUUGAGCUGGACGAUCCACGAGUGGCGCGCACGGCGGUGGGCUGGGAGCCGGAGGGUGUCCACCUGACGCUGUGGACCCGCGACUCUGUCCUUGUCAGCUGGCAGACGGGAGAGCCGCGGGUGGCGCCCGCCAGCAGCCCGCCCGAGCCGCAUGAUGCGGCAGAGGUGGCGGGGGUGGUGCGGUACGGUGAGGCGCCUGGGCGGUACACCCAGACGGUAUCCGACGGCACCGACGUCACCUACGCCUACGCUUAUGACGAGGCCGCCGGCGGCAUGGCGUAUCAGAGCCCCAUCCUGCACCACGUGCUGCUCAAGGGCCUCCAGGCAGGGCAGACGUACUACUACCGUGUGGGCGGGCGCCACCCCAACGGCACCGCCACGCCCGACGGCAAGGAGUUCAGCUUUGCCAUGCCCGCCGCGCCGCCUGCCCAGCUCAGAGUCGGCAUCAUCGGCGACCCAGGCCAGACCCACAACACCUCCACCACGCUGCAGCACCUGGCCGCCAGCCAGCCCGACGUGGUGCUGGUGCUGGGUGACCUCUCCUACGCCGACCUCUACUUCUCAAACGACACCUCCAACGCCUGGUCCUUCCCCUCCCCGCCCUCCACCCAGCAGCUGCGAUGGGACAGCUGGGCGCGGCUGUUUGAGCCGCUGCUGGCGUCUGUGCCUGCCAUCUAUAUUGGAGGCAACCACGAGGUGGAGCACCAGCCAAACAAUGCCACCUUCGCCGCCUUCAACGCGCGCUACCCGCAGCCCAAGGCGAGCACCGCGCCGCGCUGCUUCUGCGGCCUCCCUUGCCACCAGCCUCGGCCUCGCCAGCCUCGCCAUCGGCCGCCGCAGGGCCCCUCUACAAUCAACACCACCCCCAACAAUGCCUCCCACUACCUCAACGCCUCCAACCACCUCCAGUUCGUCAACACCUCAGACUACGAGGUGCAGGGCGGGUACUGGUCGGUGCAGCUGCCCUGGAUGCAUGUCAUCGCCCUGAACAACUAUCUGCCACAUGACCCGGCCUCGCAGCAGUACAAGUGGGCCGCCGCUGAGCUGGCGGCGGUGGACCGUACCGCCACGCCCUGGCUGGUGGUGGUCAUGCACGGCGCGCCGCGCACCACCUACGCCCCGCCCUGGGGCGGCAUGUUCAAGGAGCUGGAGGAGUUCAUGGCGCACUACGAGCCGCUGUUUUACGGCGCCCAGGUGGACCUGGUGCUGUCGGGGCACGUGCACAGCUACGAGCGCUCCCUGCCGCUCUUCAACUACAGCGUCGACCCUUGCGGCCCCGCAUACAUCGUAGUGGGCGACGGCGGCAACGCGGAGGGCCCCGAGCAGCACUUUGUGGAUGUGGACCCUCCCGACUGGUGCACUAACACCAGCCUGGUCAAGCUGCCCAGCUACCAGCCCACCAUGACCGGAGAGCCCACCCUGGUGUUCUAUCCUGACGGCUCCUAUUGCCCCACCUCCCAGCCAGCCUACUCGGCCUUCCGGGAGCCGUCGUUUGGGCACGGCCUGCUGCUGGUGCGCGACGGCGGCACCGCCGACUGGUCCUGGCAGAGGAACCAGGAGGGCGAGGCGCGGGUGGCGGACCGCGUGACGCUGCUGAGGGGCGGGGGCUGCCCGCAGGCGGCGCGGCAGGCAGGCGGCCGAGGCGGUGGCGGCGAGCGGCACGUCGCGGCGGCGGGCGGGCUGCCCCUGGCUGCAGGCGCGGCUGCCGGGGCGGCCAUGCAGGCAUGA